GAACGACCGAGGGUUCGCCAUCGCAGUUCGCCAUCGCAGUUCACUCAGAUUGGUGGUUUGCUGCUGUAGUAGCCAUAGCCAUAUUCUCAGCGGCUUCGUUGCCUGCGUGGUGGGAGAUUUCCAUUCGCGCUGCGCUUAUUGUUGCCCGCCCUGUGCGGUGUCUUCGUUGCCUACUUGCGCUUGCGCGGUGUGUUCAUCGCAUGCUUGCGCGCUUGCGCGUGCGCAGUCGCCUUCGUUGCCUGCUUGCGCGGCGUUCUCCUCGUUCUACUUGCGCGGAGCCUGCGCUUUCGCUUUUCCGCUUGCGUGGUUGGUUUGGUCCGCCUGCUUGCGGCGCUUGCGGUGUUGUCUCGCUAGCUUGAUUGCGCGGUGUUCCGCUUGGGUUCCUGCGCAGUUGGUCUUUUCGUUCCCCGCGCGGUUAGUCUUUACGUUACGUUGCCCUUGUGGGGGAUUGGCUUCGUUUGCUGCGCUGUUUGCAUACAAGAUUGAGCCACUCAGCUCCUAAGUGGAAAAGUAUUGUGAACCGUAGCGAUGCGACCCAACGCCGCUACUGCUUGUCGUUAUCGUACACGAAGAGAUGUGUGUGCCUCGUCGUCGAAGAUUACUGGCCAUAGGUGACCGUCGAUUUGCUCCAGUGGGAGAGAGAGAGAGAGAGAGAGAGAGAGAGAGAGAGAGAGAGAGAGAGAGGAGGGGAUGGUAGAAAUGAAGGCGAAGAGGAGAAGUACAGGGUACUUGACAAUAACGGUGUUGUCGGCGAAGGGGUUGAAAGAUGUAAGGCAUUUUGGAGGGUUGAUGGGAACGUACGUCACGGUACGUUUGAGUGGGAAGCAUCUUCAAGCGACGAGGAAAGUGACAAGUGGCGGGGGGUCUCCGAAAUGGCACGAGCCUUUUGACUUCAAGCUGGAAGGGUGGAAGGAGUCUAUGAGGCCCCCUUCAUGGCUGCUGGACGCUGACGAUCAAUCUGGCAAGUUCUUGGUGGAGAUCAUUCAUGCCGGAUUGUUAGGUCAGCGCGUGGUGGGUCGUCGAUUAGUCAACGAAGAAGAUGCAGUGGACCUUGCCCAGAAGGGUUUCACUUAUCACAGCUUCGGUCUUCACGGACCGAAUGGAGAAGACGUUGACGGAUAUGUCAAUCUCCGACUCGAAUUCCGUCCAAUUGAGCGGGCGAAAGGAGGAGCAGGAGCGGGGAAGGCAGUCGGAGAAGGGGCGGGGGGGGUAGCAGAGAAGAAGAGCGGGGUUGUGGCAGCGGAGCACAAGUCCGCCGCGGAGAGCGCGCCUUCCAAGCAGGUGUCGCCCUGCGGGACCCCGCUGGCCUCCGCCGCGGGGCUGUGGAAUGCCAACAACAACUACAACAAGGAGUCGACCGCAUAUGUGACGAGGAACAGUGGCGGCUCGUGGGACGACGGAGAGAAGAAGGGGAAUGGAAGGAAGGGAGAGCGUAGGAGCAGGGAAGCUGGUGAGAUCCCGUUCAGUGGGGGUUGGGAGAUGGAAGGAGGAGGAAUGGGAGUAGGAGUGGUAGGAGGAGGAGGAGGUGGAGGUGGUUUGCGCAGCAACGGGAGAGGAGCUGCCGUGGGCAAGGGUAGCUUCGCGGGGGUCAUCAACAACGGCAGCGGUCAUUCGAUCGGGAUGGCGGCGAAUGGUCGAAGGUUCAAGGCCCCCCGAGUUCACAGCUCUACUCUUCCUUUUCAGCACCCCAAGCAAGUGCAUCCGGACAUGGAACCCCGACCCGAUAGUUCAAACACUACCGACGAGGUAGGUGCGGCGGCGGCGACUUCUGCGCAGUUGGCUUAUCCGGAUCCCGGCUCUACGGGUAAACCGUCGGACGGCCUGGAUCUCGGCUGGCCAAUGAGGAAAGUAGUGUCUUCGUUGGCUUUGAAACACGCGGGGUUGACCGUGGCGGAUGCGGAGCUGCCGUCGCCGUCACCGGUGUCGGGGCAAAUCCCCUUUUCUUGUCCUUCCCCCCUAUCUCCUCCUGCUCAUUGUGCUGUGAACACUCCGAGAGGGCCGAAGAACCAUGCUUCGCUCCCCCGCGUCCUUAGCCAUUCCUCUCCCAGUUCGGAUGACUAUGAUUUUGACCCCCGAACGUAUUACGUUGCCAUGCCAUCAAAUGGACAGAUACCGCCUCCUCUUUAUGUCUCUAGAUACGCGUAUAGUGAACCCCUGGAGACGGUGGAGGAUGGUGGUCUCGAGCGUCCGCAGUCUAGUGGCAGGAGGCACUCGACGGGGGGGGGAGCGGGAGAGGGAGGAGUAGGAGGAGGAGGAGGAGGAGGUAGUCGCCCUGGGACACGUCGUACUCUUAGCCUCUCUCGACCAAGCGGCCUCUUUUCUUCGUCGCUGCCUGAGCGCCGCCAGCAGCAGGCUGCUCCUCCAUUUGUCAACCCUUCUGCUGAUUCCUCGUUUUCGUUCGAUCCUCCCAAUUCCAAUUCGCAAACGAAUAAGAUGGCUAGUGGGGGGGAAGGGGGGGGGUACUUUGAAGAUGUCGAGGCGGAGGAUUGCCCGGAGAUGGGAACGACGCGGGAGUAUGUUGGACCUGAUAGUAAUCCUGGAGAGCGAUAUGAGAGCGAGUAUGGGGAGGGGGAGUGGGGAGAUGACGUGACAUCCUUCGAGGCGUACGCGUAUGAUAACGAGAACGAUGAGAAUGCUUUCGGCGGAGAAGGGCAGCCGCACAGUUUUGCGGGAACGACCGCCCGGCGGACCGGUCGCGGGAGCUUUUGCGAUCUAGACCGCAACGACGUACUGACGUCGAGAUCUGGACCGCUCUUGACUACCACCAACAAGAUGGCUGACUUUGGCAAAAGACGUUCCAGGUCCAUCAAGGAGUGCGGGUACCGGGGCACAACUCCUGUCAAAACGCGCUCGGCUAUGGCCUCGGCGGUAGCGACGAUAAUUCGCCUCUGGCGUCCCUCGAGUGUCAAGAGUGGAGGAGGAGGAAAGGUAUUGGCGAGAUAGCUGGAUUGAUUGAUUGAUUGAUUGAUUGAUUGGUUGAUUGAUUGAUUGAUUGGUCGGCGUAUUGCAUUGAUUGAUUUAAUCUAUUGACUUUUCAUGGACGGAAGACGAAAGAAAAGGUCUGUUGCAAUUGUGAGAUAUAGAUGCGCACAGCCAGCGAGCGAGCGAGAGAGCGAGAGCGAGAGGGGGAGAGAGAGAGAGAGAGAGAGAGAAUGCGUGCAACGGAAGGUGGAGCUGUCUGCGGGCAGAGUAUGGUUGAUUGAUUAGAGAGGGACACAGAAAGAGAGGAGAAUGAAGGAGGAGACGAAUGGACAGGGGUAAGAGGAAGUGGUGAGUGGUCAGUGAAACGAUGAGGAAGGAGUUCUCUCGCGAUACUCCACACAGGCUCUCUCUCUCUCUUCUCUCUCUCUAUCUCCCUUCUCUCUCUCUGUCUCUCUCCUCUCUCUUGUUUCUCUGUUUUUCUGAAGAAGAAAUUACAGGGCGUGUUUGAUAUUGCUCCUUUUUAUCGUCUCGAUUCGAUUUUCUUCUCUUCUUGCUGGGGAAGUUUGCCCCUUUGCGGCGCCGGGAGUUUAUAGUGCGCUCGAGCUCGAGUUUGCUCUUGAUUCUCUGUGAACACGACACUACUCCGAGCGUGUCGCGAUCGGUAUUGCUUCGAAAUUACGGCUAUCACGAUCCCGACAGCGUAUGUUUAGUCUUGCGAAUUCAAUUCGAAUUUAAGUCUUGGGACCCCGUGUGUUAGUCCAUCCAGUCUUUUUCAUCUUUUCCUCUCGGUUUGUCGAUUGAGAGAGAGAGAGAGAGGGAGGAGAGAGGGUAGUACGCCUAGUGGCAGUCUUCUUUUCCGAGGCGGCGGCUGUACAAGUACAUCAACAGCCGUGAAAGAUAGUAUCGCACAUUUACUUAUAUCCCGACUUGUAAACCCUUUUCUCGAGUACCCGGUGGGUUCUCCCGAUGGGUUCUCCCAUUAUUGACGUAUAAUGCGUUUAGAUGACGCUUUCUGAAUCAUGAGGAGGAGGAGGAGAGAGACUGUCCGUUGUGCGGUCUGGUAUAUGAUGGUUAUGUCUCUGUAUGUGUGUGUGAGAGAGAGAGAGAGAGAGAGAGAGAGAGGGAGAGGAGGUUGGUGUAGACCGGAGAGACGAACGCUCUGUGAAGCAAUGCGGCGAGUAUGAAAGAGUAGUAACAGUGGUGCAUCGUAGUUGCAGAGAGAACGAGUGGCAGAGGUGGUUGUGCUUGUGAUAGGGAUACUGCUUCCUCACAGUCUAUUAUUUGAGCGGAUGGCUGAGGUUCAAAUUGGCAUGUUGGGGAUGUCCAUCUUGAUAUGGCUGAGGGUGUUUUGCCUAUUUGACGAACUGAUGCAUGGUCGUGUCGUAUUUUGCUUUGAAGGGAGCGUUGCGUAACUACGGAAUAGAUAUCGAAGAGAGAAGAGGAGAUUUGGAGUAGGAGUAGCCAUAUUAUAUUUGAUAUGAAGAGCGAGGAAGGUGGUUUUCUGGAUGUUUUAGGGCUCUUUUGCGUCUCUCAUCAGUAUCGUCAGCCGGUUCGAGAAGAAGAGAGCAAGGUACACAUUGUGCCUAUAUAGCUCUGUAUUUGGGCCAACUUUCAGUUCAAAUACCGCCAAUUUGCUGCUAGAGACCCUCGAUGUCUCUAGCUGAUGUUGCCAACUAUAUCUAGUCUUGUGUUCCUGAUGAAGACUCGAUGUAUUUGGGCCGAUUUCAGUCUAAAUACAGUAAUCUGCAAGAGACUCUCGAUGUCUCUGUAGCAGAGAUGUUGCCAACUUCCUUAUGAAGACUCGCGAUGUAUUUGGGCCAACUUUCAGUCUAAAUUCAGCAGCAGUCUGCUAGAGACUCUGGAUGUCUCGAGAAGACGGAUGUUGACCGACUCCAGCAUGUAUCUGUUCUCAUCGGAUCUCUCUGCUAUAUGAACUCUCGAUGAUCUCUCUGCGAGAAUUCGCUCAAGUUUCCCCCUUCUCGCCUAUUCGCCUGAACGGAAUACCCAGCGGCUCU